AUGGACCCAGCCACCACCAUCGACCCCGCCACAGGCCAACCCCUCCCCCCAGACGCCAUCGUCCGAGUCCUCCACAUAACCCCCAAAGUCCACAUCUACACCCUCCCCCCCUCCUCCCCUUCCUCAUCAACCUACCUAGCCAGCUCCUGGACCUCCCUCCCCCAAAACCCAAUCUUUACCUCCCGCCUUCGCAUCCUCGAGACGUCGCUCUCGCCUGAGACUACCGAGCUCAAAGUCGAUAUCUUGCUCGAGUCAACCACCAGCUCCUCGGAUAAUAAUGGACAACCUCAGUUAUUCGCAGCAGCGCCCUACACCACACCCGCAAUCGUCACCCCAUGCAGCGACUCCUCCCGGUUCUUCGCAUUAAGAGUGUCCGACCCCGGGACGGGAAAAAAGGCGACGUUAGGUGUCGGGUUUGAGGAGCGGAGCGACGCUUUUGAUUUCAAUUUGGCGUUGCAGGAGUGCGGGAAAUCGCUAGGUUUUGGGGGGCAGCAGCAGCCGGAAAGGGAGAAGAAGGAAAAGACUGAGGAGAAGAAGGAUUGGAGUCUGAAGGAGGGGGAGACGAUUACGAUUAAUCUCGGGGGGAAGUUUGGGAGACGAAACCAGGGACAAGGGGGGGAGAAGAAGGAGGAGGAGGAGGGAGGAGGGCGGAAGAGUCUGAAUAGUUUUGCUUUGCCGCCACCACCUGGAAACGGGGGAGGGGGCUUCAAUCUUCCCCCUCCGCCACCUAGUGCUAGUGAGGCGAGACGGCAGAAGAGGUUGUCGGCGCAGCAGAUGGGGUUUGAUGAUGGGGUUAAUGGGGAGUUUGCUUGAUGGAGGAAUGAUAAGAGAUGGGCAUCUGAGCGAAACAGCAAAGCGAGUCAAGUGUUUGGCGGUGGUCAGCUAUGAGAGACAACACACUAGAGUAUAUAUUUGCAAAACAUAUGGGGUAGGUAGGGUAGGUAAUUUAUAGUACAAGUUUUCCCUGCUUUCCAGUACCAGUCUGAUC